CUGCGCGCAUUACACGGAUACGUACAGACACACAUACGGAUUCAGGAUAUUGAACAAACGGAGUAUGUCGCCAUCCAGACCAGGACAGGCAACGGAGCAGGGAAACGCAGCUUCUGAAUUUACCUCAACAGAGCUCCUGAGGAAGAGGAGGAGGAGGAAGGCUCUGUGGCUGGUGCUUGGGCUGCUCUGCCUGUCCCUGGUGACCGUGGCGAUGGGUACUUACUGCUCGACACGCACCGAGAGUCUCAGCAUCACCGGCUACAUCUCAGGAGUCAUUUUGGCUUUCGGCUCAUUCCUGGGUGUUCUGGGGCUGCGGCUGGAGGAAAACCGAAAACAACUGCUGGUUGCCUCCAUCGUGUUCCUGAGCUUCGGCAUCAUGGCGUCUUUCCUGUCUGUGGUGGUGGACGGGGUGUUCAUUCUUCUCAGCGUUGACAUUCGACCACUGAGGGCGGGCCGAUGCCAGUUUUACACCAGUGGGAACAGCUUCAUCUAUGAGAAUUACUAUGCGUCGGUUCCAUGCCAGGGCCUGAUGGAGACGUGCAGCAUGAAGGUGCGCAGUGGGACCUGCUACUGCUGUGACCUCUACGACUGCGCCAAUGGAGGCUACCUGAACAACUACUAUGAGUUUGUGGGGGUGCAGAGCUGCCAGGAGGUGCUGUCUCUCUACGUGUGUAUGUGGCUGCUGACCAGCCUCAACCUGCUAGCUUUCGUGCUGGCUAUCAUGACCACGGCUGUGCUGGGAAGCAUUAAGGACCUGAAGAAAGGCAUGGUUGGCCCCGAGUCGACCAGGGGGGGAUUUUUCGCUCCGCUGAGUCCGCUCGGAGAGUCUGCCUCCCUGCCCUCCGCUCCUCUGCUGGCAGACCCAAGCCUACAGCCCAGAGAUCAACUGUACCCGAGAGCCUCCCUGUAUGCGUCGGCAGGCAGCUCAGCAAGUGACUCUGCAGGCUCCUCCGCCCAGUCGGACCCCCAUCCCCCACCGUUUGCCCCCCUCUACAAUCUGCUCCCCUACAGACUGCAAGGAUGCACCGCCUAACAGCCAGCACCAAACAGACCUGGCCCCUCCAGAC